AUGCGAGUCAACAGAGUACCAGUUCCUAGCGGAUUUCGUAGCUGGAAAAGAAAGCACGGCAGGCGGACGAUUGGCUCGCUGGUUGGCACCCAUGCCUCGAGUUGAACCUUCCCUUUGUGAACUCCGAGUGCCGACUUUAGCUGUACGCCCUUCUACGCCUUUGACAUUGCCUAUCUUCAUCAGGGACCAAUAUGGGGACGCCGUUGUUUCCCCUUCGCUCAAAGUGGAGGUGGUAGUUCAGCGGUUAGAUGAUAAUACAAGCCGUAAUACAACAAACGAGAGUCGCCAUAGAGUACCCGACGUGUCCUAUCAGCCCACAGUGCGAGAUGCGAUGUGCUUCCAAGCUAUAACGAUGAUGAAGGCAUACCAAAACUACUCUUUCGAGGAGCUGAGAUUAUACGGUAGCUCGUGGUCGGAAGGGAUUGCCGCUGGUGAAAGUGCUUCAGGGGGCCGUUUUCCACCGGAACGUUUACCAGUGCACACGCAGAUUGACGGCUCUUACCUCGCCACGUGGGUUCCACGUGUCCCCGGGCAUUAUGUCUUUAAAUGCACGCUGGAUGAUCAACCUGUUGCUCAGGAAGUGUCUUUGGAAGUUCUUAAAGCAUGUGAGGAUGAAAGUGAUGAUAAAGCGGUGCAAACUGUUGGACCGGAUGGCAAUGUGGAUGCGGAGGAAAUGGAAUCGAAACUACGACGUUUUGCGGCACAGUGUAGCGCCGGGUUGCGGGUUCGUGCCAGUCCGAGUCUUCAGGCUGAGGAGGUCGGACGCGUGCCCCCUGGUGGCAUUGUCGCGUUCGUUGAAGAGGUGGUGAAUAAGGACGGCACGUGGGUGCGCCUGAGCGAAGAUUCAAAACACGCUUACGCGUAUGGAGCUGUCGGCAUUGCGUGGUGCCUACAGCAUCAUCGCCAGCUCGACCGAGUCCUGCUCGUUCCCAUCGAGCCUAGUGAGACCCAGACUGAAGAGGUCGCGGCGACGUCUUCUUACGGAAAUGGAGAUGCUCAGGCCGAAGGUCACUCGUGGCCUAAACAGGAGGAAACGGACCCUACCUCCGAUGGUGACGAUACCGAUUUUGAAGAGCGUAAAUUUCCAUUCUCCAUCGACAUUUGUAAUGACAGUGACGAGUCAUCGAGUCCUUUCAUGUUCGGUCCGGAGCCGAGCAAACGAAGCCGGAUCGCUCGCAAGGCAUCCUGCUCCAUGGCCUCACCGAGAAGCAACGGCAACAGCAAUGACUGGUGGUCGAAACUGCGACCUAGCAACAACGUAGAGGACGCCAACGUACAAGAGACGGCAAUCGUAGCUCAGUCCGAGCCCCGGGCCGCUUGCCGCCUGGCGCAGACCGGCACGCACACCGGCACGCAGACCUCGCCCGAUUGUUACGCUGAAGACGCACUCGCACACAUGUUCAUCAGGGCUGCCAAUGUACAAGAGGAAUCAAAAGAAGAAAACUCGAGUCCAAAGAGUGUAGAGAGUGUAGCCCGGGAUAGAAUCGCGACUAGAGCGCGUGUGUAUACUCGGGCGUCUCCGCCUCCGCUGCCCGCACGCGGCGUCGCUUCUACAUCAAGCGCCACGUGCACCGCACCGCCUAGGAAACAUGCCCUCAGUCCCGCACAGGCUGAGUGUUUGCGAGCGAUUUUCGCUGCUCUGCUGUGGCACGAAGGAAUCGUCCACGACGCGAUCGCGUGCGCAGCAUUCCUCAAGUUUCACCCGCAGCUGCCGAAGCAAGGCGCCCGCGUGCUGACGCGCGAUAAUGAAAAUCUUGAUAACGCCGAUAUAGAACCCUUGAAUUCAGAGUAUCCAAGCGGCAAAAAUAGUGCUUUAAAUAAUGAGGAGACAAAAUAUGACUCUGACCAAGAACCGGUAGUGUCAGAAUUAGAGCCUGACAUCCUUACUGCCUUAGGUCAAUACUUAAGUGUUCAUCCGUCUGCUUUGGAGACUCUGACUCGCUCAGGCACCGAGGCAUGGGCGACCCGAGACCGCAAGUCUGACAUAAAUGAGGCUAUUAAAGAAGAAGAUACUAUCAGCGCUGACAGCGGAUCUUCUCCGUCAGUAGUGAGCGUCCUUCCGCCCGCAUUGCGUGCAAUGGUUGCAUUAUGGGACGGUUUAUGUGACGCUGAUCAACUUGCUGUCGCUACCGACAAAUUUAAAAAAGAGGCAUCGGAGAAAAGAGAUAACGAGGACUUGCGAUCAUUCAGUGGUAUUCGUAAAAGAAAGGACUGGAAGCAGUCGACCCUUUCUAAAACACCGUAUUCAGUGCGCUGCGAGCUGUGCGGCGGGGCGUCGGUGCCGCCGCCGCUGGCCGCGCACAUGCGGCACGCGCACCCGGGCUGCCACGCGCCCGCAGCCGCCGGCUACGACCGCGCCGGCCAGUACCGACGCGCUGACGCGUCGCCGCUGCCCACCGGAUCGGCUGUCCACGCCGGGUUGGCUGUCCCCGCCGUGCCCUCCGGGUCGGCUGUCCCCGCCGUGCCCUCCGGGUCGGCUGUCCCCGCCGUGCCCUCCGGGUCGGCUGUCCCCGCCGUGCCCUCCGGGUCGGCUGUCCCCGCCGUGCCGUCCGGGUCGGCUGUCCCCGCCGUGCCCUUCGGGUCGGCUGUCCCCGCCGUGCCCGCGAUCUGCGGACAGCUAGCGCAAGCUUACCAACUCUGGUAUAUCUACUGCGAGAAAUGUCGCGAAAAAGCGCUUCGGAACGCGUCUUCUUUAAAACAAACCAAGACCAAAGUGGUAGCGGAGACCAGCUCUCGCACGGAGCCCGCAGCCGAUCAUUACGUGAUGAAAGAAAACGCAAUAUUUUUACUUGACGUCGCACCGCUUACAAAUAACGAGGGUGGUGGCGGGUGGGAGGCGGGCGGGAGCGGCUCGCGGGGCGGGCGGUCGCCGCCGGGCAGCGCGUGGCAGCCGGCGCCACCGUUUCAGUGCCUGGCCGCGCUGGGCGCCGAGCCGCGCCCCGCAGCGCGCACCCCGCGCUACCACUCGCUCGGCCGCCCCACGCACGCGCACGUCACCACCGAACAGGAGUACAAGCGCGAGGGGCGUGAAGGGCGCGAGGUGGGUGCGGGGCGAGAGGCGGUGGGCGCGCAGUGGCCUCGCGUGCACCGCUCCGUGUCGAUGGGUCAGGCGGGCGGGCGCGGCCUGCUCGCCGCCGACUGCCCGCCGCUCGCCUAUGCUGACGCACCCCAAGACGCCGAUACCUACUCUGCCUCAGCUGGUUCAUCUCUGCUGGCGCAACCGAGUGCAGCCCUCAGACGUCUUAUCGGCUGCGGAGAUGAAAACGAAGGCACAGUUUCUGCUUUCGAAGCCCCAAAAGUGGACCUCGCAGCUCUGUUCCGUAGUCCCGUGCUUAAUUUCGUACUUUCACGGCGGGACUUAAACGCACAUCGAAUGAAAAUGGAUGCUGCUGCUCGGAUAAAUACCGUACGACAGUAUGCUUGUGAGGCUUUAAAUUGGCUGCUGCGUUCGGCGACGCAGCCGAUAUGUGUUCAUGAUGUCAUGUGGUGGUUUUGUGAAUCGCUCUCGCAAUUCGCUAGUUCUAUGCCGCCAACAUUCGUUAUGGAGGAUAAUAAGGAGGAGGGGCAGGCGACACAGCGCGAGGUGCGGUGGCCGACAGCGCCGCGCACGUGCGCGCUGUGUCCGGGCGGGCGCGCGACGCGCGGGCUGCGUGGUGCGCUGCACGCGCUGCUCGGCUCAGUGAGCGCGCUCGCGCCCGCGCUGCGUCCGCCCGCCGCGCCCGCGCUGCAGGCGGUGCGCUGCUGGGCGCUACACUAUGCGCCGCACGAUCGUGCCUUCUUGCACAGAUCACAAGUGUUUAGCGUGAUCAGCCGCAUCCUAUCACACGGAGAAGACGGCGCUUAUGAAGAAGGCGUGCCCGGUGCCUUGCAUGAGAGUUUUCACAGCUAUAUCAAUAAGGAUAACUUUGUAUGGAGGUGUAUGGAUGUGACGGGAUGGUGCGAUAUCACGGUAUCCUCACGCCAAGGCAUGGCUGGUGCUCUAACUGAUGGCAGUACCGAGACCUUCUGGGAGUCCGGGGACGAAGACCGUAAUAAGGCUAAGUGGAUCCAAAUCGCAUGCCCCAGUAGCUCGCAAGAAGACCGACCGUACUUAGUGUGCUUGCAUAUUGACAACACCAGGGACGCUGUGAGCAAGACCCUGCUAGCGUCGUUCUUAUUCAGCUGCGGCUCAAAUGAAAUGGUCUACAUGCAGGAUUCUGAGAUUGAUCCCAAGAGUGUUACCUGGGUUUGCUACGCUCUGCCUCGCAUUGCAGGCGCAGCGAUAAGGGUGCGUUGUGAAUUACGCGGGCCCGAAGCAGCGGUGCGUGUUAGACAAGUGCGUGUGCUUAGUGUGCCCACACCUUAUUCCACUAACUCGAUGCCAACGCACGCUUUGCAGUCUCUCGUGGAGCAGGACACAUUGCGUGUAUUCCGCCUGCUUACUUCUCAGGUGUUUGGCAAACUGCUAGAGUGGGAUCACACUGGUACUGAGUCUAAUGACGGUACCGUAGCCGCGGAGGACACAAUUGCAGAUGACAGCGACUUACGGGAGCACGUUGUCGGCAUACUCUUUGCUGGACAUAAACUCACCUCACUACAGAGACAGGUGAUGACACACAUCGUGUGCGCGAUCCGUUGCGAAGCUAUACGCGUACGCGAUGACUGGGAAACGGCACUUUUAUGCGCGGACGUGGCCGAGAAAACUGAACGGUCUGAGCAAACAGAGCGAACUGAGCAACCUGAGCACGCUGAGCAGGUUGAGCAGAUUGAGCGGGCUGAAGAACCGCCACUUUCCCCUCCACCGCAGGAUAACUACUGUUUUGAGAUGCUUUCACUGUUACUGGCUCUAAGCGGGAGCGCGGUUGGACGAGCGCAUCUUGCUCAGAGCAUCGAACUGCUCACCAAUUUGCUUUCUCUGCUUCAUACUGGAAGUGAACGUGUCCAAAGACAGGUGAUAUCACUGUUACGUCGUAUGAUAACCGAAAUCUCACCGCAGAGAGUUUCGAUGGCCAUUAACCUUGGAGUCGAUUUGGAAGCUAGGGUGUCUUUUCUAGACCAUAUUGUGUGCUACUUGGCCAAAGCUAUAACAGUGCAAGUGAAGGUUAAGGGCUCUGGUGCCCCGGCACCCGGCAUGGUGACGAUGGGCACCAGUUUAAUCCCAGUUACGCCAGCUACUUGGUUCAUGAGGGGCAGCACCACAAAGAAACACGCGCAUCUAGUCUCUAAACUGCUUCUAGAUAUGGCUGAGGACAAAGUGUCGAUGUCGUGGGGGGAGGAGACUCGCAAAGCGUUGGCCACGUACGCGUCGCAAGUGGCGCAGGUGAGCGAGGCGGAGCGGCGGCCCGACCGCUGCAUCGCCUCACCCACCAUGUGGCUGGCCCUGGCCGCGCUCUGUGUUUGCGAACAAUCCUACAUCGAUCUUUUGCAGAGCGCGUCCGCCAGCGAGGCGCGCAUUGAGGCGGAGUCGCGGCCGCUGUGCGUGAACCACGACGACGGCAGUACGGCGGCUGUGGUGGAGUGCCACGCGUGCGGCGCGCUGUGCGCCGAGUGCGACCGCUUCCUGCACCUCAACCGCGCCGCCAGGACACACCACCGCCAGAUAUGUAAAGAGGAGGAGAGCGCAGUGCGAAUCGAUAUUCACGAGGGUUGCGGCCGCGCGAAAUUAUUCUGGCUACUUUUGCUGGUUGACCGGCGAACUCUCAAGGGCUUGGCGGAGUUCAGAAGUUUGGAUACGGCUUGCGACGGUCCAAGCUAUUCGGGGGGUGAAGGUCCGUCGACUGGAUUCGCUGGGCUGGCAGGAACGUGUCGAUUCUGUGGCACUCGCAGUUCUUCUGGUCUUCUCGCUAUUGGGAAUGUGUGCGCCGACGAGCAAUGCCAAGAGCACAGUCGCGAUGCGUGCACGCACGUACUUCCGUGCGGGCACGUGUGCGGUGGAGUUCGAGGCGAGUCCACUUGUCUGCCCUGCCUCGUGGGUUGUGCCAGCGGAGAGGGCACCAUUCCAUUGCGCCAAGAUGCUGACGAUAUGUGUAUGAUCUGCUUCACUGACCCACUGCAGGCUGCGCCGGCCAUACAGCUUACAUGCGGCCAUGUAUUCCACUUGAACUGUUGCAAGAAAGUACUCGCCAGCAAGUGGAUUGGACCGAGGAUUACCUUUUCCUUCUCGCAGUGUCCCAUUUGUAAGGAGGACAUGAACCACUGGACGCUGGAGGAGUUGCUGGCGCCGCUGCGUCUCCUACGCGAGGAGGUGCGUCGCAAGGCACUGAUGCGCCUGCAGUACGAAGGGCUCGGCGACACGCAGGGCCGCUCCGUCGACGACCCGGCUGCGUACGCGAUGGAGAGAUAUGCGUACUACGUGUGCCACAAGUGCGGCAAGGCGUACUUUGGCGGGCUGGCGCGCUGCGAAGCAGAGGCGAGCGGGCGUUGGGAUCCGGGCGAACUGGUGUGCGGCGCCUGCAGUGACGUGACCGGCGCGCGAGUCUGCCCCAAACACGGCUCCGACUUCCUCGAGUACAAGUGCCGCUACUGUUGCUCGGUGGCAGUGUUCUUCUGCUUCGGUACUUCGCACUUCUGCAACGCGUGCCAUGAUGACUUUCAGCGCGUUACCAACAUUCCCAGACACCUUUUGCCCCAGUGUCCUGCUGGCCCAAAAGGCGAACAGCUUCCUGGUUCGUCGGAAGAGUGUCCGCUCCACGUACAACAUCCCCCUACCGGCGAAGAGUUCGCAUUGGGUUGUGGUGUAUGCAGACACGCACAAGCAUUUUAA